CCAAUACAGGUUGAUUUGACAGCGGUUCUUGCUGGUGUGUGGCCGCUCAUCGUUGAGCCAUGUCGAUUGGCUACACAGCGCAUCAAAUGCAGCAGGGUAAUAUUCCUAUCUCGAGUAUCAGCCCCAACUCGGUAAGAGCAAUGCCACUCAUCACGUGUUGGAACGCCCUCGAGAGACAAAUUCUUCCACCACCUCGUCCACAUUUCUCUCCAUUACUCUAUCUAGUGAAAGAGUCAACUCGUCACUCAAUCCAGCCCAAAUUCAUUCAAUGUCACUGCGUCAUCUGUGUGGCGGCUGAUUGUUUGUCUGAGCAUAUGCCGAUAACAAAAUUGUCUUCGACACACGAUGGAUGAGCCUGGUGAGGCUGAGGCUGAGGCUCACCCAGGCCCCAGCACGUCCCCUCAGAUCAAAGACGAUGGUAUGGCGACCUUAGCACCCCUCAAGCACAUCUUGAAGCACAUCUUGAUUGAUGCACUUACUCUUCUUAAGCCGAAACACUCACUUUUCGAGAGUUCACGCUCAACAACAACAAAUUAUUGUCAGCGCCUAAACAGAAGAAGACCAAGACGGAGAUUGCUUUGGGAGACCAGGGCACCAUAGCCUACAUCAGCGAGGAUGGGGAGCUCGUGAUGAUGAUGAAGUACCUCGAGGUCGGAACCUCUGGUAUGGUCACCGCUUCGACUGCAACAUCUGAGGACGAACUUUCGGAGGUACUAGCCGAUCAAUUGGAUACUACCAGAGCCCCUAUGGGACUGUGGCCAGAAUAUUCGGCUGAGCAUCGGCCGGUCCAGUUUGUCCACGAUCGCUGGCCGAGGAUAUCGUUUACCCUGCCUGAUAUCGUCAGCUUCACAGUUCAGUGGAUCGUCCAAGAUGGCUGUAUCUUCCAACAGUAUAUUGUGGAGAGUCAUGCAGAAGAGGAGCUCAUAGCGGUGUGUUUCAGAGUUCAUAUGAACAUUAAUCUAUUGCCGACAUCCCACUUCAGGAUCCCUUACGGCGCGUACAAACUUGACCCAAAGCCUCUUGAGCCGCACCCUAACCGUCUGAGUGUCCAGCGCAAAGUGGUCGCGGAACCAAAUUCAGAUUCCAAGCCUCCAUGCCUUGGAAUUGGGGAAUUGGUACUGAGCUUCGCGCUAUUCGAAGAUGGAAAAGCGUUGAAGACUAAUUUCGGACCUGAUAACAGCUUCGAAUACUGGUUAGAGCUCGGCAAAAAUCAAAAGCGGGAGUUGAUGGCAAAAUAUCACUUGGGAGCGAAGGAGUCAAAAAUUGAGCCAGCGAUAGACAUCCAGACAUACUUUGAUGUAUCUGAGUUUUUGAAGCGAGAAAGCGAGCUCUAUGGGACCUGGAGACGAAACCCCAAUCUUGAAUGCCAUUUUAUUUUGAGGCGCACUUUGGAACAUAUCCUCUCCGUCUGCGCCGUUCCCAUGGCCAGAGAUGGCGAAAAAUCGGAACUUAUAGCGAUCACAGAUGGUGAGAUGCUUGACCCCAUGCAUCUAAUGAGCUCCCCUUUCAGGUUUCUCACCCGAAUGUCCCAGCUAUUGAGAGAUGAUACGGAACACGACAUUGCGGAUAAAAAGCUGAAAGACUAUUUGCAGGCUCGCAUCAAGAAAACCUGCAUCGGCGCUCUCAAGUGGUGCUUUGAAUACACUGAUGUCGAGACCAAUGAUGGUGGCUGGUCUUCAGGCUACUAUCUCAUCACCGGAAAGAAAGCGCCUGGCGAACCUGGCCAGAGCCAUCUGAUUCUCGAAUUCAUUGAAGCCCUCCACGAACUCAUUAGAGCUUUCCCCGAAGAACAAACGUUUGUCGUGGAUAAACUCCAGCAAAAGCACGUCAUUGGAUGGCUGACGAAAUUACACAAGGAACGCCAUAUCUCUUCGGGAAUAUGGUUCAACAAAGAAAAAAAUCACCUUAUAGAUUGGUACGAUCAUGACUACAAUGACUCAAAUGAGAUCAACUUCCCCUAUUUCAAACUCAAAACUUUGAUUUGUCUUUGGAGAAGCCUUCGAUUUCUCCAGAAGGUCUGCGAGACCAGAAAAUCAGAAUCGACCAUGACAAAAGGUGUCUCAGGUGUGCCAAAGUCAGCUGAAUCAACACAGAAGAGUAACCUGCCGACUACAAUCCUCGAUACUGAUGCAAGGUCAAUCUCUAGCCAGAUAGGUGAUGGCACUCAUUCAAAAGUAAAGGACACUGUUGUGCCAGAUUUGCUUGAUGAGCUCAACAAGAAAAUGCACGAGCCGAUGCAGAAUGACCGGAGAAAGGAAAUCAAUAAUUGUCUUCGAAUCUUGGAUCCAGUUGAUAUCCGCUCCAGAAUAAUUGACAGGUUCACUUUCGUCCCACAAAUAUCCAAAUCCAAAUUGGAUCCCAGAGCCGACAAGGACACUAUGAUUGCUGUGUGUCGUUCUGCCCGGUCAGUCAGAACUCGUUUUCACUUUCACCAAGACGACUGUCGUCUUUUCGAAGCUGUUGCAUGGGGUUUCUUCCAUGAUAAGUCCGGGGCUCUGCUUCCCGCGUGGGAGCGAACAUUGAAAGCGCAAGACAAAAUAGACACCGGCUGGGACUCUCCUGCACGAUAUGUGAUUGCAAUCAGUCAGAUCGAUUACGAACUCUCGGAUAUACAAAGCAAUGCCGUCGCAGAGAGUGGCAAAGACUUGGUUGAUGCAAGAGAUGAUGCUCUUUCUGGUGGAAACCAAAAAGGGCUGCCGCAACUUGCCCCAGAACAGGACCAGGGCUCGACCGGUACUUCAACAGAUGCAAUGCUAUUGAAAGAGAAGGCGAGGCGAGAAGAGCUUCGACGAGUUCUGUUGGGGUUAGCUCUCUCUAGUGGAUUGUUUGCGCACUGCCUCGACGAUUCAGGGAUGCCUGACAGAGAAAUCUAUCCCUUUCGCCCGGGGCGUCGAUACGAGACAGCUUACUACCUUUUAGCGUCGGACUUCAAAGGCAGACUACCAAAAAUCGAGAGAAUCAUUAUGAGCAGCUCGGACAAGGUCGAGGCCGAAACAGACGACAAACAGACAACGUCGGGAAUCAAAGUAGAAAUCUCCGAGGAGAAGCUGAAAGCGCGCAGGAGAAUACGAAAAGCUAGAGACAGCACGACGUCCCAAAUUCUGGAAGCUGGUAGAGGCCGUAUUGUGAAGUAUGACGAGACUGACUGGCUUUACAAAGAAUUGCCAUGCUUCCGAGGGGAAGAUAAGAUGGAUAUACGUGACGAAAAAUCGCCGCUCUCGGAUGAAAUGCUUCCCAGCGUUCUCAGAGCCGAGCUCAAAGCGCUCAGAAAGUCGACAGCUACCAACACUGAAGAGAACAAAACGCCUUGGGAAGGUUCCGUGAAGACGUUCGUGAUCGAUGUGAAGAGAAAUAUGAACGGCAAACCGGUUUCCAACCCAAUUGAUAUGUGGAACCCAUCCACCAUGUGGAAUCAUUCAGGCCUAGAUGAUUUUCUGAGACGCGAGAGGACUCGAAGGGCCGCGAAGAAACGAUUAAUCAUACUGCCAUCGCCAACGAAGUGUUCCCUCCUCCUGGUGUAUGCCCACUGUCCAAUUUCUGAGCAAAGCUCAAUGGCGCGUUUCCUUGACCGCCAUGAGAAAUUCUCCAACGUGGCGACAAAAGUGACCAGCAGGCUUGCCAAUAUGUGGAUGACAGAGCUCCACCUCAGCUUUCUGAAACUACUCCCACUCUCAGAGAGUGACCAAGAGGACACCUCGGGGAAUAAGUUUGUACAGCAUCCGCUGAUUCACAGGUUAAAUGGUCAAUCCAAAGCACAUUUUCUGUACAGGGCUACGAGAAGCUUCCGAACAGUUGGCGAUAUGUACGACAAAUCUUGGACCUGCUGGAUCUUAUGUGCAAACCCCGGCGAGACAGGCAGUAGUCAAUCAAAUCAUGGGCACUUCCCGUCUCACCCAGAGGGCCCCUGGGGAGAAUGGAUAAAUCCGGUGUUGGAAAAAACUGAGUUUCACAGCCAAAGAAAGGUGUUCGAGAUCCGACUUUUUACUAAGUUUGCGAAGCAGGCCCUCGCAAACACCGAUGAGGCUUUGCGUACUGUUGAUGAAUACAUGAAGGACCAAGUUGUCAAUUUUCCAGCAGGGAUGUCUACCUCUUCUUUUGUUACCGGGAACAAAAGAAACCUCAAGAUGUACUCCCAACUCAUCAUUGUCCUUAGAGAACUGCAACGGAAUUCCGAGGCGAUCAACAACACGACGAAAGAUUGGGGCUUGGAAUUUUCGGAAAAGCCAAGAUGGACAGAGUCCGAUGAAGCCAAGUACGGGUCGAAGCUGGGUCAAGAGUACGAGCGCAAUCGUCGAGCUAUUGAAGACCUGGCGGAGCAGAAAGAAAACAUAAAGGCCAGGAUCACGGAGGUGGAACUGGCACAGGAAAGGGCGAUGUCAGAGUUCUCAGUGAACCUGGCCAUCAGUCAAAAUCGAACGGAUGCGCACGUACAGCUCUUCACAUACGCAACUGUGGUAUUUCUUCCUCUGGGCUUCUCGUCGAGCUUGUUUAGCAUGGGAGGCCCACCGUCUAAACCCACGAUUUUGGCUUUCGUGGUGACAGUGGUCGUUGUCGGUGUCGUUACUGCCAUGUCAUUGAUGAAUGCGCAAAUCAUUGCGUGGGUCGUCACAAGGCCUCUAAAAUUUUUCAUCAACAGCACACAGGGGAAAAUGGAGAAGAGCAGAGGAAGUUUCUGGAAAUCCAAGGUAGAUGCCUUGAAACGUCGCCGGGAUGGGUACCUGCAAACCCAUAUCCUAGAGAAGGGUGCGGAAAACGACCAGGCGAAGAACUCGCAAGUACCACGUCCCGAGGAAGAAGAGACUCGUCCUACUAAACUCUGGUAUGUCGGCUUCUGGUUUUGGUACAUCGGCCAGCCAAUUUGGUUCAUCGGCCGCCUGAUUUGGUACAUUGGCCUCAUUGUCAGCUGGUGGCUUUCAUUAUUGGCCCGAAGGAUUUGGCUCUGGCUCCGCAAGAGUUGGUACUACUUUGUGAUCUCGUUGUCGCGUGGUCAAGACAAGAAAGGCAAGAACAACGAUGACAAUGGUAGUCCCUCAGCCGCCGAAGCCUCCGAGUCCACCGAUUCGGCGGCAUUCACUCAAAAGAAUGACUUGGAGACCCAGGUCGAGACCAAAGUUCCGUCAAACAAUAGUGGAGUCCCGCAGUCCACUCGUCCACAAAAAGAGAGUGACCUUGAGGCUCAAGUGCUGGUUGAUUGAACCACAUAAG